UGCUAUCUAUCUUGAAAGUAUAAAAAGGGAGACAGACAAUCAUAACUCAUCGAGUUGCAUCAGCUCAACUAUAUUCCAUAGUUCGCAACAGCCUUCUUUUCCAACAAAACAAGAGAUUUACUACCAGAGACACCAUGUUUUCCUCGGCAGCUUUAGCAUUCGUCGCUCUUGUCAGCGUUUUUGGUGGUGGGCGCUGUGACAUUACUUUUCCAAAUUAUGAACAAUUGGGGGUCUUCAAGGUGAAGGACCUACCAUGCAAUGGCGCCGAUCCAGAAAGUCCAGACGAAAUUGGCACUACAUUCGAGCUUUUUAACAAAGCCAUUCCACAAGGAGAGAUGCUAGACUGGACUAACGCGGACAGUGUCAGAAGUUCGAGUUUCAACCCCUCCUGGCCGACCCAUUUUUUGAUCCAUGGAUGGACAGACACGAUGGCAAAACCAAUAUGGAUGAACUUGAGGAAAGCGUUGGUAGACAGGGAUGAGCCAAGAAAUGUCAUCUGCGUGGACUGGAGCACCGGCGCGUCCAGUAAGUGGUAUCCGACUCCACGUGACAACACCCGUGUGGUAGGAAGGAUCAUUGGUAAGAUGAUCGAGCAGCUGGUCGACAAUAAGGGCGCCAGAUUUGAGGACAUGCAUAUCAUCGGCCACAGUCUGGGAGCUCACAUAGCUGGUUAUGCAGGAGAGGCACUCGGCGGCAGAGCCGGACGUGUCACAGGACUAGACCCUGCUGGCCCAUUGUUCGGUGGUACCGACAAUCAAUGCAAGCUGGAUAAGUCAGACGCCAUGUUUGUAGAUGUCAUGCAUACUGAUGGAGACCUGGUUGCUUUUGGUGGUGCUGGAUUAAUGGAGGAGUGCGGCGACCAUGACUGGUACCCGCAUGGGGGCAAGGACCAACCCGGAUGUGGAAUGUUCGAUGCCGGAUGCGACCACAUGAUGGCUAUAGAGUACUUCACAGAAAGCGUCUUAAACAAGAAAUUUCCCGCUACCAAGUGGGCCAAAACCGUGAAAGACUUGUUCAAGAACCCGUCGGACUGCAUAGGUGAAGGGGACUGUCCAGAGAUGGGUUUCAACGAUCAUGAUGACUCAAAAUAUAGGGGAGGAGACUUCGAGAUGGACACUUCCCUCUAGAAUAUAUAAGCAAUCAAGGUUAAAUCCAUUAUUCAGAAUGGAACCCCGCAGGACCACGUACAGAGAUACCUGUUAUUGACCUUCUAGAAAUUGUUAAAUUGUUGAGUAUCAAAUAGAUUAGGGUAUCUUGUUAUACCAUCAAUUAUAUUUUGUUUUGUCAUCUAACUUUGUGUGAUUAACUCAGAGCUGGAUACGAGAGAUGAAUCUUAAUAGAUUCUUUGAAAAAAGGCAAAUAAAAAAACCAAGGACUUUUCUUUUCAGAAUUAAUUGAGGUUAACGAAUGAUCACUGUCAUUCCUUGAUUUUAUAUUGAAGACUGAUUUCGUCGCUGGGUCUGUAAGACCGCUUGGCUUUAAGCACACUCAAACUCUCAACGCACAUCCUGAAUAGGAACAAAGUGAAUUUCUUUUACCAUUUUAAAUUGAAUGUUUUGAAAUAAUUUACACGAUAAGUUAAAAUAAAUCCUUAACUCGAAAGUUUAUGUAAAAUAAAAUAAGACCUAUCAAUCCCA